GAAAACUGUUGCAUAAUGCAUUUGAUUUCAUUAAAGAGGGAAUAAUUUUACCCGCCACUUUUUUCUUUUUUAUUUAUAAUAAGAGCGGGGUAAUAAAAGAAGAGAAGAAAGCCCCAAGUUUGAAUUACAUACUUUUACUUUUAUAUACACAUAUAAAAAAGAAAGCAUUGAAUUAAGAAUAGAAUAAUGGAUUUUGGAAGAUUUAAUCAAGCUGAACAAGCACAAAUUAAUGCUAUGAUUGAACAAAAACAAAUGUCAGACUUUGUCAAUUUGUUCACAGGUCUUGUUGAUCUAUGCUUUAGAGAAUGCGCAAAUAAUUUUACAACAAAGGCAGUAACAGGAAAAGAGUCUGCAUGUGUAAAAAGUUGCGUUGAGAAAUUUUUAAAACAUUCUGAACUUGUUAGUGCUCGUUUUACAGAAUUGAGUCAAACAUUAUCAAAUCCAUCCACUCAAUAAUAUAAGCCUUUUCUUUCUUUUUCUUUUCUUUUUUUUUUUUUUCCUUUAGAAUUAUA